ACCAAGCCAAUCCUCGGGGAAACCUCAGCUCCGUGCUCGCCCACUCCUUCCGUGAGGACCAUUAUACACACACGCUCCCAUCCGAACCCUAGCCUUAGCUAACCCGGCGCUUGCCAUGCUCUCCACAGCACCAGCCGCGUAUUCCACCUCCUUCGCCGCCUUUCCCACCCUCGCGCGGCGCCGGCACCGGCACCGCCGCGUUCUGCUACCGUUCGCCGCGGCGACGGACGGGGCGGAGCGGUUCGCCGCGAGCAGCUCCAUUGCGGAUUACCUCCGGUACCGCCGCCCGAUGUCCGGGGACCUCUCGGUGGGAGGGGGUGGCGGCAAGCUGCAGACGGCCGUGGUGCGGUACGAGAAGCGGUUUCCAUGGUCGCUCAUCCACCCUUUUCUCCUCGUUGAUUUGGUUUCUACUGUACACAUUGCUGACAAAGAAUAUUUCGAUAAACUCCAACAAGCACUUGAAGACUAUGAUUGUGUUCUGUAUGAAAUGGUGAUAAGUCGGGAUAAUUUAAAUAACCAGCAGGACCCAACGUUUGCGAAGAAGAUGAGAUCUUCGCGCAAAGGUUUCAGUAUUCUUGGUUUCAUACAGAAACAAAUGGCUCGUAUCCUUUCAUUGGAUUACCAGCUAGAUUGCCUUGAUUAUGGCGAUGAGAAAUGGCAACAUGCUGACCUUGACUAUGAGACAUUCAAGCUGCUUCAGACUGAAAGAGGUGAAAGCUUUCUCACAUUUGCAGUGGACAUGACCCUGAAAUCAACUAAAGCCUUGGUACAACCAACUUCUCCAGAUGGUCUUGAUUUCUGGAGAUCCAAGUUGCUAUGGGCCUCGCGUGUUCUACCAAUGCCACUUAUUGGACUAUUUGUUAUCACCGGGCUUUGUUUGCCAGUGGAUAAGCAAGAUGGAUAUCCCGAGCUGGAAGCAUUAUCCAAACUAGAUUUAGGAGCUGCUCUUAAGAUUUUUCUGGCUAAGCAAUUGACCUCUGAUUUCAAUGCUAUGACUGCACCUGCUGAGGAUAAGUCAGUUAUAAUUGGGGAAAGGAACAAAGUUGCAACUGAGAAGAUAAAGGGUGCGGUAAACCGAGGGUACAAGAGAAUAGCGGUUCUGUACGGAGGUGGGCAUAUGCCAGACCUUGGAAGACGUCUUCGAGAAGAGCUAAAUAUGGUCCCAUCCAAUGUGCAAUGGGUCACAGCAUGGUCAAUAAGAAGCCGGGAGCUAGAUAAAAAAUCGCUUCCAUUUUUGAAGACGAUGGCUGAGGUUUCAGGGUGGCCUCUGAAUAGAUAUGAAACACUUGCUUUGCUAAUCUUUUCUUCAGUUCUUGCAGUGGAUCUAUGGUUUUGGGAGUUUCUCGUGGAAAGCAGUCUGAAUUGGGCAUCUUUGGCUGGUUCCUGGAUUGAUCAAUUUAGUGCUCCAUUUUGACAAAGAGUUUGUCUGAAAAAGGGGGGGAAAUGAAGUUUAACAACACAGUAGUGUAUAAGCGACGGUCCAAAUAAAAAACAAAACCAUUUACUGUUGCAGUUAGUUCCAGAUAUUAGUUGGAGUGCUGUCUAUGCAAACUUGUAGAUAACAAUUUAUUGAAUCAACUUGGAAUGAGAUUAGUGAGAAAGUUGAAGCCA